AUGUGCAGGACGCUAACCGUACUCUUAGUCACAAGACUCCCUUUCCAAAAAGCGAGGGAGAAUUCUGGGGUUCAAGUUUCCAAGGUUACCCCGGCGGCCAGGCCAUGUGGUCGAACGAGCGAGCUCGUUUCUCGUCAGCCAUUUGCAGGACCACACGCAAGACCACACUGGCUGCUUUACUACCACAGCGUGUAUAGUACAUUCCUCUCAGGUCCUUAUACACUUGGGUGCGCAGACGCGGCCUACAGCCCAAAGUCCGGCGGAUAUUCGUUCAGCAGAGAGCAUGUUACCUUGGAUAAGGUACAGAAGCUCAUGUCCACAACCAUUGGUACUGAUUUCAAGGGAGUCUCCGAAGAGCGAAUAGGUGGCAAACAAAGGAAAGCACCAAUCAGCCCUCGGAACACAUCCAUCGCAAUGGCUGGGCUGGAACUUGAUGGACCAAUUUCGAGCCCUCCUAGAGCGAGGUGGCGAGGCGAAAGCAAGGCCCAGUGA